UGUUCGAGGACAAACGAGGCACAUGAAGAGAUUCUGAGUCUUGUGUCUUCAUGGAGGGGUAAUGCAUGCUUCCACUGCAUGUGAAUUCAAAGAAACCAAAUCGGAUGAGCCCACCAGCUUGACUGCAGAAGAGCUCCACACUUCCACCCCUCCUCUGCUUCCCUAUAAAGCCAUUAGCAGCAGUUGAAUCCGCAGAGAAGCACGGAAUCAUGGACUGGCACUCCUGGCUCGCCAAGUCCAGCCUUGAGCCAUCGCUGGCUUACGAGUAUGGCCUCCUGUUCAUGGACAACGAGCUGGAGGAGGAGGAUAUAGCCUACUUCGACCAUGACUUCCUCCAGAGCAUGGGCAUAUCCGUGGCGAAGCACAGGUUGGAGAUCCUGAAACUAGCCAAGAACGACGGCAGGGCGACGCCGGUCCCUGUCGCCAAGCUCGCUGCCGUAAUCAGCAAGUCCAAGAACUGCCUCACGAGGUAUGUCCGCGCGAUGGGCUGCACUAACGGUCCCGCGAUCUUGGUCGUGGCCAACGCCACGUACGGCGACCGCUGGAGCGGGGCCGCGAUGAGGAGGAAGGCGAAGCUGGCGCUACUGAAGCAGGGCAGGCUGAUGAUCGCCGACCGCGGCAUGAGCGUCGCCGCCGAUCUGCCGUCUCGAUCCCACAGCGCUAGCCCGAUGGUUCGCGGCUGUCAUGGCAACAGCAACGCCGCUGCUGAUGACGGUUACCGGGGGCCUGCAGUCGGAGCCAUGAGGUGGGACUCCAUGUUCGACAACUUGAAGCCCACAUGAGAGACCCUGUGCUGCGCGUGAGCUUCACCUUGUUUCAUUUGAUUCAGAAGACUGUACGAGCUUCAUCUUUGUACAGUCUAUGUUUUCUUCUUUUCUUUUCCUGUCAAGUGUGAGCUCCCAUGGAAAUAUAACAUACGAAAUUACAGAC